UCUUUACCCUUCCUCCCAUGUCCGUCCGUCCGUCCGGUCCAUUCCAUUGCUCACACCACACCACACCACACCACACCACCUCCUCGAUCACCUGCUUCGUCGCCAUUAUUUCCACCACCACGUACCACCACAAGGCCGGUCAGAUCAUGAGGCUGAGCUGCAACGGCUGCCGCGUCCUCCGCAAGGGCUGCAGCGACGCCUGCACCAUCCGCCCCUGCCUCCAGUGGAUCAAGUCCUCCGACGCCCAGGCCAACGCCACCGUCUUCCUCGCCAAGUUCUACGGCCGCGCGGGCCUCCUCAACCUCAUCGCCGCCGCGCCCAACGACGCCCUCCGCCCCGCCGUCUUCCGCUCCCUCCUCUACGAGGCCUGCGGACGGAUCGUCAACCCCGUCUACGGCGCCGUCGGACUCCUCUGGUCGGGCACCUGGCACAUGUGCCAGGCCGCUGUCGAGGCCGUCCUCAAGGGAGCGCCCAUCGUCCAGGUCUCUGCCGACGACGCCGCCGCGGAUGCUGCUGCUGGACCAUCCAUUAUGAAUCCUCCUCCUCCUCCUGCUGCUGCUGCUGCUGCGGCGGCGGCUUACGACAUCCGGCAUGUCUUCCCCAAGUCCUCCUCCAACAAGCAUUCUGCUGGUGGUGGUGCACCACCACCGCCAGCAGCAGUGGACGCCGCCGCCCAAAGCAAAGACGACAAACACACGCACAGGCAGAGGCUUCUCCAUAAGGUUUUGGUGUCCAAGCGCACAUCCUCAUCGUCGCCACCGUCCAAGACCAAGAAGAGCAAGACGACGACGACGACGACUACCCAAAACAACAAGCCGCACCGCGCUGCUGCUUCGCUGGCAACGGAGCACCACAACGACGACGACGACAUGCUGAUGAUGCUGGUGGCCGACCAUAGCUGCGACGAAGAGCAACAGCAUGCCGCUGUUCGUCUGGCCAGCAACACCAACUUCAACUCCAAGAGCCGCCGCGCCUCGUCCGACGACGACUGCGACGACCGCCACUCGGCGUCCGCGUCGCUGGACACCGAGGAGGCCGCCUCUCACGUCAGCCAGGCUGCGGCCGAAGAAGCGGAGCCGCAACAAGACGACCAGCUAGCAGAGGCAGAGCAGCAGCCGCCGCCGAUGGGCCUCGACCUCACGCUCGGAUUGCUAACGUCGUCCGCGCCGCCGCCCAUCGGCUGCAGACAGGGAGGAGGCUCCAGCGCGGCCGUCGACGAGCCAGCCGGUGUCAUAGGCUUCCGCUUCCUCUAGCUAGCCGGUCGCCGUCGCCGGAGCGGAAAUACAUACAUACAUGCUCCUAUAGUCAGUCCUAUGGAUGAUCCAUUUAUUUGAUGUAGAUUUAGGCCCAAAAGUUGCAAGGGAACAGACGAAUCAAUCCUUACUUGUUUACAUUAGGCUUAUUUUUCUCUGGUCGAGUAGUUUGUUUUGUUUUCGAAAAGUUUAUAAUGUUUUUGACUUCGUCCGAAA